AAUACGUGUGGUUCUCCUAAAUUGCCUCAACAAGGGUCUCCACAUUCAAAUCACUUACAUACCAGGUCAUACUGGUAUAGGGGGUAAUGAGAUGGCUGACUCUUUGGCUAAGUCUGCUACGCAAGUGGGUUGCAAUACUCACUUCAGUAAUUAUAGUCAAGACCUUGUUCCACUAUCAAAAUUGCGCUUGGAUGGGAAGUGGUUGAAUCUUUGGCAAGAGUCCAGCCGCACAAAAGGUAAAUUCUAUUGGGAUAUUCAGCCUAUUAUUCCACACAAACCGUGGUUUUUCCGUUUUCGCAAAUUUGACAAACUAGUAACAUCCACUAUCUGUCGACUCCGCUUCGGCCAUGCUUGUACUCCUGUCCACCUGGCGAAAAUUAGAGUACGUGAUCACUCUAUUUGUGAGUGUGGAUUGGAUGAAGCCGCUCCAAGUUGAUCAAAAUUUCUGCAUUUUCCCACUCAGUUCCAAAUGUUAAAUGUCACAACCGAACAAGUCUAACUGGUUGAAAUUUGAGUCCUGUCUCUCCCAUAUAUACUGGACAUUGGCGAAGUCCCUUUUUAUUGGGUGGAGCCAUUAAUUAAGAGAAGAAGAAGAAGAAGAAUAA